CAAGAGGAGGACCUGCCGGAUUGGUCCGGGCGCGGAGAAGUCGUGGCCGCUGCAGAACAAGAUGCCACCUUCGUAGACAACUUGGAAAAUAACAGCGGAAGUCUGCAGCUGGCGAAGUGUUUUGAUGCGCAGAACAAGCUUCACGUGUCCGGAUGUGGAGGAGGUGCUCCCGUAGAGCGCGACCGGGAACAAACUCAACAUUGUCCGCACAGCCCCGGGGGCACGACAAGCAGGGCAGACGACCGCCUGUCGUCGAGUUCUAUGAAGGUAGAUAUGUCCGGGCCUCCUGGAAAAAUAAAGUUGUGAUGCAAGUCUGUGAAGCUAAGGUCUUUCUCGCAUUUAAUACGCGUCUCUCAUUUGUCACAGAGCUCAGUAGGAGAGGCAUUCAUGUUAACAGACAAGCAUAGCAAAUCUUGCAAUCUUCAAGACGGCGUAGACAUAUUUGCCAUGCAUAUUCACAUUAGCGGUGCAAUACGACAAUGUCGGCGAUGGUAGGGACAGCGUUAGCCAGGCCACGGAGAGUCAACAGUCCAAGAUUCUACACGAGCUGUUUCGCGAUCAUCACCGAACGAAUUGUCGUGACCCAGCAGAAGCUGACGCGGCCGCAAGGGUGUUACGCGGAGAGGAUCUACGAAAGGUAGUGCAGCCACAGCAACCAGCCUAUAAAACCUCUGCUGCUGGAGGUGCUGCUGCCUCCGCGGCCACAGAACCUCCCGGACGAGAUCAUCAUGACCAAACUCGGCCUGCUCGCUUAAUGACCUCGGUUCCCCUCCGCGAGGUGGUGCGGCAACUGGCACAGAGCAGCGAGUGGUGUGAUGGGCACGUCGGUGCCACGACAGUGCAUCAACAGCUUCAGCUCAGCACCGACUGCGCCAGGAGUACGCGGAGGUCCUCGUCCCCUCCAAACAAGAUGAAAGGAGAUGAAUCAUUGAAUGGCGCAGCUGCAGCUUCUCGACCGCUGGACGAUCAACGAGGAGGAGGACCAGCUACGGCGUGCGACAGAAUGGAACAAGCUGGCUAUGCAUUGCAAAUAUCGAUCUGGGUUCUCUGACAAAGUGUUGCAGAACUUUGUCUUCAUCCGACGCAGAUUGUUCAUGCUCAAUCAGACCCGGAUUGUUAUUUGCGAUGCAUAUUAUUGGCUUCGAAGAACAAAAAGAAAAAACCUUGAGCUGCAGUGGCACCGUGACCAAUCGUGAACAACCCGCUGAGGUCGACGUGCACGAACACCAUCUGCAUCGAGUUCUUCACAUCCGAACCGUUGACGACGAACACGACCGACGUUGUGCCAGCCACAGUAAAAGCAGUUGUUCCAGCGAGCGCUGGGCGGGGGACGUUUCAUCUUGCACUGAGGGAAGAUCGGUGGACGGGACAAAUUUGUCGUCAAGCAAAAGAACAAGCUGGUGCACCAGCAGCUGCGAUCAACUACAGGAUCAUGGUCCUGCUGAGACUGCUGUGCCGCGCUUAGGUGGUGCUGAAUCAUGGCGGAAUAUUAAAUCUCCGCCCGCCUCGAUGGCCGCUCGCACUGCCGGUGCGGAAGCGAGUGCGAGUGCUCGUUUAGAGGACGUUAACUACUCGCCUUCUAAUUCCAGCACUGGUGCCGAAGCUUCCUUUAGCUCUAGGGACGACGAUGGCAUCGACGUUCCCCCAGUCCAGCACGAUCGGGUGAAGCAACUGAUACUAGGCAGCACCAAGAAUAAAGCAAGCGACCGAAAAAGAACAGCGCCCGCGCCGGACCUUCUCCGGAGCGGCAGGGGAGGACGUGGUGCGCCAGCAUCUUCAUCGACUUCCAGGGCAGCGGCUGUGUCGCCGCCCGAACAGGAGGGCGUCGUCGGCGCAGAACUAGAUCCAGAUCCGCAGCGGUUCACGUCUCCCGCAGGAAGCAGCGAUUUUUGUGCGACUCUGCAGCAAAUGAGAAUGAGUCAUGAGUUAGCUGCGCUAGCGCGGAACAGUAGAACGCACAGCACAACAUACAGCACGUCAACCUCUCAACAAGAGCAGAACCGGUACUCUUUUUUCAAUGACAUGUCUGCCAGGGACUCCCUCUCGUCCAGCGUGGACCCUAGUACUAACUCGUUGAGCCGUUCGCAGAGUUCUCGGUCCGGCGCCUCUAGCCUGAUGUCUUUUGCGCAGCAGCUGAACCAUGGGGAACAAGCAGUGCUGGGCCGUGCCGGCGGGUCGUUUGGCAACAGUGGCAAGCGUCUUGCGUCGCCGGGCGUCAAGAUACAACAAGAUGACCGCUAUCGUCUAGUUGACGAGCGAGCACAGCAACACCUUCAUCCACCUCCGAAAGACAGAGACGAAGUACAACGGGUUAACUCGACGAUGACGAAUUCCAUGGCUAACAGCACGACAGCCACAACUACCUCCAGUGCUGGGCAGGACCAGGACGGAGCUGGUGGCGACCAAGACGUGGUGGACAAGAAAGCUUCAGGACUUCGUGGUGUUCUUUCAGCUCCUGUCGUCCCUGCUGCUGCUCCUGCUGUGCCAACGCGUCAACCUCCAGAAACUGUAGGAGCUGCAACGGGAAAAACAAUUACAAACCGCAGCUUUUCAUCGUCUUUCGAGUACGGCGAGGGCAGCUCGUAUUAUGACGGCGGGGCUGUUUCCGAGCAGGAAAGGAUUGACAACCUGUUUUCACCAUCUGAUGUUGAACAACAAGUAGAACAGGCCCAGGCCGGGCGGCGACGAGCGGUUGAAAACCCGGACCACACAGAUGCCCAGGUGUUCUCGUCCGACAGCGAUAACGAGAGCGUUAUAAAUAUCCCGUGCAAAAACAUCCCCACCCCAGAGUUGUCAUGCAAUUCUGCAUGCCAAAAAUAAAAAGUUUCUCAUGCGGAGCCCUAUGAGAAGCAUUUUCUAUUUGUGUUUUGGAAUUUGUGUUGCGAGAAUCAGCAUGCUAUGCUAGGUCUGUAAUGCUGCUGACCUACCUAAAACAGACUACACUACGAGGACAAACUUGUCAUGCCAAACAACCAAAGCUGGUUGGUUUGUCUAGCAGAUUUCCCAUCUUGACUCUGGUGUGGGGACGUUUUUAAUCAGGAUAACAAACGUCCAGCGGCGCUUAUCAUCAGUGACAAGAUCUUGACCUCCUCCCUGAUGUGGUCCCUCCUCCUGUUCUUUUCUUCUAGUAAGUAUGCACUCGCACUUGGUCCUCGCCGAGCAUGUAUCUUUUACUAGCAAUAGCAUUUUAAGGGGCCUAAGGGUAUUACAAAUUCCAUUUUUGUCUAAUAUGUCUGCAUAUGCAUUUGUACUUAUUUAAUUAUGAUCGGCAAAAACGUAGCGUCAAGCUCGAGGGUCGUCGUGUCACUACUCAUGAUAGCGCUUGCAGGCCUUGACGCUUCACUACUCAUGAUAGCGCCUGUGUGACGCGUUCCCGGAUGGUGCAUGUCUUGACUAUUUUUCCUUCCAGGGGGGUGGUUUACCCCUCCGGGGGGGGGGAUAGUUCACCCCCCACCCUAUGAUCACACCCUAUGAUGUCCCCUGGCGAUCCCUUCAAACCCGCCUCGAUUUGGAAGGGAUAGAGAUCCCCUGUUUCGAUCCCCCCCUUUGAAGCUAGCCUGCGCGCUAUGCUGAUUUUUCCUUGCCGCGUUUCUGAGGAGAUCAUCAGGGGGGAUCAUGAUCCGCCUGACUGAUCCCCUGACUCAGCCCUUCGCUCGCCCGAAAAUCCAUAUAUCCCUUUAUGUUCCCUGUAAGGGAUAUGGAUAUCCCUAUAGGGCCCCCGACCAGCCCACAUCGGGAGGGCAAGUCGUCGCGAACUUGUACUGCAAAUCUAUUCUUCAAAUUGAGCUUGUCCCUCCAACUUGCUUACUUGUAAUGAGGGCGCGAUCUACUUCCGACCACUCAAAAUCUGGCAAGGCGAUGCUUAGGGGAACGGAUGCGCGAUGGCGCCGUUUGUUCCUGACGAUCGUGAUGACUCUUGGCCGUCGCAACUUCUUCAAGUUCAUUAGAUAGCUAGCUUACCUACCUUCAUCAGUAGCUACCCCAAGGGGGAACAAAAGUAACCAUUUGCCUCAGGCGUAGCAGAAGGAUCGCCGAAGUAGCUAUAUUAAAAAAAGAAAACGCUUUUUCAAAUCACGAGUUGUCCGGGCCAUAAUUUUUAUGAUCGGCAAAAACGUAGCGUCAAGCUCGAGGGUCGUCGUGUCACUACUCAUGAUAGCGCUUGCAGGCGGCCGGCACCUGGCGUACCCACACGUCUUCCGAGUUUAGUACUAUCAAAUGUAAAAGUGUCUGGGUCUGGAAGAGUCCGAACUUGUGAUGCUGCAUUUCGAUUCCAAAAAAAUCUGUACUGUAUGACCAGCAAAGGGAAUGCAAUUUUGGCUAAGCGGAGAGGGCAUUUGUCAUGCGGUAGAGGCGUCAGAAAGCGCUCUAAAAAUCUGUGAUGCUACGGCAUGCAUCACAGAAAUUAUGGGUCAUGGAAAAUGUGCAUGACAAAUCUAAAAAUCUUCCAGACGAGACCCAGACAUUUUUACAUUUGAUAAGUACCGGCGAAGAUCGAUCUUCUAACGUGGGCAGCUAUGGAAGUUCCUCCAACGGCAGGGGGACGAGAGGACGCGAUUUUUGAAGAACCGGGGGUUCUGGGAAAACUUAGAAAUACGGGAAAAAAAUUUACACAGGGAUCAUAGCAGCUAUAGACUUACAACAGAUAGAGAUACUUAUCAGUUUAAAUUACAAUUUCAAUUACAUGGUAUCUAUACCAUUCAUGGCGCCAUUAGUCAAAAGAAAUUAUUCUCUCUGACAAAGGAUCCAGUCGUACUCGUAGUCUCUGCGAAAGUACGAAGUUCGGAGCCUCCGCAUCGGGAAUCUCAAUUGUAGUUGUUACUUGUUGACGUUGUACUGACAAAUGAAAAGGCCCAAUAUGAAAUUUCACUCUUUUCGAUAAAGACAAUUCGUCUCACUCUGAGGAAGACAUCUGCUGAAUAAAGCUCUUGUCUUGUAUGGGCGUUGCUAGUAGUACAUCUACAUGUACAUGCACACGCCUGCAAUAUCAAUAUCUUCAUGUUCCGCAUAGAAAAUUGAAAUACCAUGGGUCAACAACUGAUAUCAAACGCCAAAUAUAUUAUGAUGGUGUCGUGGUGGUUUCUCUUUUUUACAUUUUUACAUUCAAGAGGUCGUACAGCAAUAUGCAUAGCAGAGCAAUGAUCUCCUCCAUACUUUGGAGGCAGCUCGUUCGGCACUCUGGUGCGGUGAAAUGAAUCGUAACCAGACUGAUGCUGCGACAUAGAAAAAUGAACAUGUUAUUGAUGAAGAACAAGUAGGAUGUCACUUCGUCUACAAGUACAAGGUAGAACUUUUUUUUGGUAACUAUCUCGAGGUUCUCGCCAGCUGCGGAAAAACCGGAAAAACAUUACGAGGUUAAUAUGGCUACGCUUCCUCCUGGAUAACCAGGAGGGCUACACGACUUUUUUUUUUUUCGUUGUGUAUUCUUUUUCUUCACCUAAUCCCUAGGACUGACUGUAGUCGAGGAUAUGAAAGUAAGAGCAGUGUUAGCGUUACUUAGGGCGCGGGAACGAAGCUCCAGCUGCUGGAGGACCUCGCGCAGCAAAGUUACCUCAUUUGUACUUUUUUUGCAGCGUUCUUGCAGUUAUUUGUACUUUUUUUUGCUGUGAAUGCUGGGGCCAGCCAACGGCGCAACUCCACGACGCACCACUUGGCUGUUCACUUCUCCCAAGAAAACGAAAAAAACUGAUCACCACCCUACUAGAGGGCUGCUUGUAUGAUUUCCUGACGGCGAUGUGAAGGUCAUAUGUUUCUACUUGCCCAUAUGGAAAUCUUUGGAAGCAAUCUGGUCGUGUUGCUGGUGAUAUUCUUGAUGUACUUCUUCCUCUGGCGCCGUCUCUACCUACACUACUAGUGGAUAAUUAUCUACUUUGGAAAAUUUUGAGAAUACAUAGUAUUGAUUUGUCGCAGGAGCUUGUUGUGAAUGAAGAAACGUGCUGCUGAGGAUAAUUUACAAAAUAAGCGCACACAUGUUCUUGGAGUUGGCUUGUCACCAAGGCGCUUGAGUGGUUUUGUUCGUUCAUCUUUGACGACAUACCCAAGAAUUGAU